GGCGAGCCCCUCGCCAGCUUCGCAAAUCUCGCGAGACUUCCUCCCACGAACCUCGGCUGUGAGCGAAGCCUAAGGGACUCCCUCUCCGAGGUGUUGGGGCUGCGGAACCCGAAGGAGUUAUAUUAUACAAAGUCCUGUGAGACCAUUGUACAAACAAGGUGAUGAUUGUACAAAGAGUGGUGCUGAAUUCCCGACCUGGAAAAAAUGGUAAUCCAGUGGCAGAGAAUUUCCGAGUAGAAGAAGUAAACUUACCAGAGAAUAUCAAUGAAGGACAAGUGCAAGUCAGAACUCUUUAUCUUUCUGUGGAUCCUUACAUGCGUUGUAGAAUGAAUGAAGACACUGGCUCUGAUUAUAUAACACCCUGGCAGCUGUCUCAGGUGGUUGAUGGUGGAGGUGUUGGGAUUAUAGAAGAAAGCAGACACACAAAUUUUACUAAAGGUGAUUUUGUGAGUUCUUUCUAUUGGCCCUGGCAAACCAAGGUUAUUCUGGAUGGCAGUAUCCUUGAAAAGGUAGACCCACAACUUGUAGAUGGACACCUUUCAUACUUUCUUGGAGCUAUAGGGAUGCCUGGUUUGACUUCCUUGAUUGGUAUACAGGAAAAAGGUCAUGUAACUGCUGGAUCUAAUCAGACAAUGGUUGUUAGUGGGGCCGCUGGCGCUUGUGGAUCCUUGGCUGGGCAGAUUGGCCAUUUGAUGGGCUGUUCCAAAGUGGUGGGAAUUUGUGGAACACAUGAGAAGUGCCUCCUUUUGACCUCAGAACUGGGCUUUGAUGCUGCAAUUAAUUAUAAAGAGGGGAAUGUGGCAGAAAAACUCCAUGAGUUAUGCCCGGCUGGAGUGGAUGUUUACUUUGACAAUGUUGGCGGUGACAUCAGUGAUACAGUGAUAAGUCAGAUGAAUCAGAACAGCCACAUCAUCCUGUGUGGUCAGAUUUCUCAAUACAACAAAGAUGUGCCUUAUCCUCCUCCACUACCCCCUGCUAUAGAAGCAAUCCAGAAAGAAAGAAACAUCACAAGAGAAAGAUUUCUGGUAUUAAAUUAUAAGGACAAAUUUGAGUCUGGUAUUCUGCAGCUGAGUCAGUGGUUUAAAGAAGGAAAGCUAAAGAUAAAGGAGACUGUGAUAAAUGGAUUGGAAAACAUGGGAGGUAAGCUGCAUUCCAGUCCAUGAUGACAGGUGGUAACAUCGGAAAACAGAUAGUUUGCAUCUCAAAAGAAACCUCUUUGUAAUCUCCACAGAUAUCUUUGUAAAGGAAAUAGAUUUCCUUCCAUUUUGCACAAAGAAGAUUGUUCAAGAUACAUUAAAAAAUCUUAAGAGUACAGAUAACUUUUGAUUUAAAUGUGAUCAUAGGUGGUAUUUUCUUAGUUGCACAUCAUAACUCUUUCCUGUAUCCUCAAUAUUAUAUGUGUACUCUACAUCCAGUUAUUUAUAAUUGAAUUCAUUGUGACCUACUUUUUUUCUUUUGCUAAAACUAAUAUGAUAUUUCUAUCAUAUUCUGAAAUCACUAGAGAUUUGGUAUGUUUAAUAGAUCAUAUGAAAUAGAUUUUUUUAAUUAAUGGCUUUUAUUUAAAUAAAAUGCUUGAGAAAGCACAUAGUGAGCUGGAAA